AUGGAGAGGAGGGAGCACCGCAGGUCUUCGCCGUUGGAGCGAUUCCAUGGCGUCUUCUCCUCACCGCCGGAGCGAUUCCUCGGUGUCUUCUCCUCGCCGCCGGGAACCCUAACGGCGGCCACCGGGGGCGCUGGCGUCGAGCUCGACGAGGAAGAGGUGCUGUGGUCCGUUGCGGACUUCUCUGCCCCAAAUCUUCCUCCACAGGCAGCGCCGGGGGGGAGCCCCAAGGUUGGCACGAUCUCCCCCUCUGUCUCCUCUCCGAGGAGCUUCCGGCGGUUUUCGGAGAAGAAUUUCGGGAUUCUCGCGGCCUUACCGGAGGAGGAGAAGAAGAUGCCUGUGAGGAAUCCUUCCUUCCUCCAGAGAACUGCUUCGUCUCUGUCAGGACCCUCGUCCGCCUCGACCUCGCCCUCCCCUUCCUCGUCUGCUCGGCUGAUUCCGGUAUUGCCGAGGCCAAAGAAUGUGGAUUACGCGAUGUCGGCUCUAGAAGGGAAGAUCCAACAGCAGUCAGCCCCGGUGAAUGUACCGGUUGUGCGAAGUAGGCAGAGGAGAGGGCUGUUGGAAAGGCCAGACGAGGACGACGGUAACAGCGAGACUCUUCCUCCCCACGAGAUGGUGGCGAGGAAGGACUCGCCAAUGACGACCUUCUCCGUGCUAGAAGGGGCCGGGAGGACGCUGAAGGGGAGGGAUCUCCGACAAGUCCGGAACGCCGUGUGGCGGCAGACAGGUUUCAUCGAUUGA